AUGCACAAGAAAGCCUGCAAACAUUUUGCUGAUGACAAGCAGACUAAUGACAUGGUUUACUGGAACCAUGUCCUGUGGAGCUUGCUGGAUACCAAAGAGCACAGUCAAUUGGUUUUAUCAGUCUACAUUUUAACUUUCAUAACCGGACUACCCACCAAUAUUUUGGCAUUCUACACCUUUAUGAUAAGGGUACGAAAGAACCCCACACCGAUAGAUAUCCUUCUUCUCAACCUGACAAUCUCCGACUUACUUUUGCUUCUGUUUCUCCCUUUCAAGAUGUUUGAAGCUGCCUCUGGAAUGCAAUGGAACUUACCAUUUUUUAUGUGCUCCCUUACAGGCUUCUGCUACUACAGCAGCAUUUACAUCAGCACCAUGUUUCUCACAGCUGUAAGCGUGGAACGUUAUCUUGGAGUAGCUUAUCCCAUUAAAUACAAACUCAACCGAAAACCACAGUAUGCCAUGGUUGCGAGCGUCAUAUUUUGGUUUCUGGCGUGUUCUCACUGUAGCAUCGUCUACAUAGUCCAGUACAGAGUAUCAACCAAUUUAACUUUACAAACAAACUCUUGUUAUGAACAGUUUUCUCCUGAUCAACUUGAGGUAUUAUUACCUGUACGCUUGGAAAUGGGUAUAACAAUGUUUUUCCUUCCAUUUAUUAUAACGCUUUACUGCUAUAUAAACUUUAUUAGGAUUUUGAUGUCUCUCCCAAACAUCCCAGCCAAGCGAAAGCAGAGGGCAAUCGGCCUAGCAGUAGCAACACUUUCUUGCUUCGUCAUAUGCUUUGCCCCAUAUAAUAUCUCCCACUUAGUGGGAUUCGUGCAAAACGAAAGCCCCAGGUGGCGUGUGGAUGCUUUGCUUCUUAGCACAUUCAAUGCCAGCUUGGAUCCAGUUGUUUUUUAUUUUUCUUCAACAGCAGUGCAAAAAACAUUUCUUGAUAUCUUUGCGGCAAUCUCCAAGAAAUUAAAAACAAUAUGCCCUUGUCAGCAAUCCUGCCACUUUACUUCUGAAAUGUCAUCUAGAGAAAAUACCAUGGAUAGGUCCUCCACCUAA